UGUAACCCCCACCGCCAAGGACAGACCUCUACAUUGGUCUGGCUUUUCAAAACGACCCCCGGUGGUCGUCAGCGCGGGAGCAAACAUGGACAAGUACGAGCAGGUGACGUGUUUGGGUCGCGGAGGAGCAGCGGACGUGUUCCUGAUGCGGCACGUGGAGCGGAAGAGCCUGCACGCGGUGAAGAGGGUGAAGGUUAAGGGCGCGAGGACAGCGACCUCCUCACAGAGCGCAGUGCUUCUGCACGAGGCUGAGAUCAUCAGGAGGCUGGAGCACCGUCACAUAGUGACAUGCAGCGAUGCAUUUGUCAGCCCGGAAGACGGAUUCAUUUACAUCGUGAUGACCUACUGUGAUGGUGGCACGCUAGAUGACAAAGUCAAACAGAGGGAAACAGGGGAGCUUUUCUCAGAGGACACUGUGAUGGGCUGGUUUGUGCAGGUGGCGAUGGCUUUAAAUUACAUACACACACUUAAAAUACUACACAGGGACAUCAAAACCUCAAAUGUGCUGCUAACGAAGCAAGGCGAGGUCAAACUGGGGGACUUUGGGAUUUCCAGAGUACUGAGCAACACGACUGACAUGGCAUCCACGUGUGUUGGGACACCCAGCUACCUGAGUCCUGAGCUUUGUCAGGAUCUGCCCUACAGCUCCAAGUCUGAUAUGUGGGCCCUCGGCUGUCUGCUUUAUGAGAUCUGUGCCCUAAGGCCUCCGUUCACGGCCUCAAACCUCCUGAGUCUGUUAUACAAGAUCACCAAAGGAGAGUACGAGCCCGUGCCUAACGUGUACUCAGACGAAAUCAACUCCUCCAUCAAAAUGAUGCUCUGCCUCAACCCAGAAAACAGGCCCAGUGCUGCCUGUAUACUAAGCAGUCCCUACAUGCAGGCUCACAUAGAGAGUGUCACUGUCAGUGCUCCUGUGAUUCAGCCUGAGGGAAACACCUGUGACUUCAGUGUAGAAGGAAACUCCUCACACAACCUCAGUGUCAGUGACGAGGAGAAGGAUUGUGGUGCUUUGUGUCGUGGAGGACAAACCCACUGUGACGCCGUGUGCCACUAUCCCGAGGACUUUGACGAGGACGAGAGUUUGUCCUCUUUAGAAGACAGCAGUGGACACUCAGGCUCUCCCAGGAGAAGCAGUUCUCAGUCCACUGCAUCUCCUGAUGUUCCUGAACAAGUUGACUACCCUGAUGACUUUGAGGAAGCUGAGGAGAAGGAAGAUGAUGAGGAUGAAGCAGACUUUGUCCACGAUGAAGGAGUGGAGGAGUUUCAGCUCUGUGAUGCUGGAGGAGUGACAGUGACACUGAAAGGCCUGAAAGCACCUUUCCAACCUUAGGAGCCCGACAUCACUGUUGGACCACGGUCAGACAUGAGGAGACUGAAGGAGAUAAAACAGUGAACUGUGAAGUGCAAGUGCUUAUGUGCAUUUUAACUGCUCAGUGAUGUAGAGAUAAACAAAAAAUGUCACUUUAUAGAUUGGAAUCACUAUUUCAUAUAAAAUGUUACUGUGUGACUACCAGGGGACUUGUCUUAUCUAUUAUAUAUCAGUGUAAUUAUAUAAAUCAUAGUCUCUCUCUCUUUUUUUGUCUAAUCUUAUGCAUUCGGAAUUAAUCAUUUCUAUGAUUUUAUCUUUGGAUGAAAAGCAGAAAGAAGCAAAAACAUGCCUGUGGUUAUGUCCUCAAAGGAAAUAUGUGGCAUUUGCAGCUUGCCACAAAGAUAAGGAAUGCGUUAUAUAGAUUUAUUUAAAUUCCCCUCUCACAAGUAUAACACAGAUGAUGAAUAUAUAUACAUAUAUAAUAUAAAAGUGUCAGUUUCCCUGCCACGCAAAUGCAAACGUAAAAAAAAACAAACUGGUUCUAUGUCUUUGGCUGUGGAUAUGAGCGUGUGAGUGUAGCAGAUUUGAUCUGUGCAGUAACUUUAACACACUGUUCCAGUCUCAUUUCAGUAUCAGUAAAUAACGUUUUCUACACUGUCUGAAUAUUUCCUACUUUUUACUCACGCUUAAUGAACAAAAUGAUGUUGGCUUCAUAUGCUACAUUUUUCUGUCUGUUUUAUUGUUUGGACGUUGCAAACAUCCUCUGUCAUUGUAAUGUACCGUAUAUUAAGAAACUUAAAGUUGACAGAAUAAUUAUUUAUUCGCCACAGCGGAUCAUCUGCCUCCGUCCUGCCCACUCGCUUGUGUCCUCUUUGGUUCCCCAACUGUCCUCAUGUCCUCUGAACCUUCCCUGUGGUUUUCAUCUUUUCCUCCUGCCCUGCAGCUCCAUCUUCAACCUCCUUUGUCCACUAUAAUCACUUUCCCAAUUCAGCAUGUGCAUCUCAACCUGGACUCUUUUACUUUGUCUCCAAACCGUUCAACCUGAGCAAGAGAACAGUCUACGUUACAUACCUUUAGUUAAUUAUUCGUGAGGCAAAUGUUUGUAAUUCUUGCCACAAACAUACACACAACACCUGAGUUAUCAGAAUGAAUGAGAUCUGAAUUGU